AAAUAUUUAUUAAAAAUUAGCCAGGUGUGGUGAUGCACACCAGUAGUCAGUCCUAGCUACUUGGAAAGCUGAGAUGGGAGGAACACUUGAGCCCAGGAGGUUGGGCCAGCAGUAAGCCAUGACUGCAGCACUGCUCUCCAGCCUGGGUGACAGAACAAGACCCUGUCUCAAAAACAAAUCCUUUUAAUAAAAAAUCAGGUUUUAUCCUAUACCACAUAAAUAGAAAGAAAUCAUUAGAAGAAUUUCCACCCAUCUGGGCAACAUGGUGAGGUUUCUGUCUCUACAAAAAAGUACAAAAGAGGCCGGGCGGGGUGGCUCAUGCCUAUAAUCUCAGCACAUUGGGAGGCUGAGGUGGGCGGACUGCCUGAGGUCAGGAGUUCGAGACCAGGCUGGCUAAUAUGGUGAAACCCCGUCUCUACUAAAAAUGCAAAAAUUAGCCAGGCGUGGUGGCACACGCCUGUAGUCCAAGCUACUUGGGCAGCUGAGGCAGGAGAAUCGCUUGAACCCAGGAAGCAGAGGUUGCAGUGAGCCGAGAUUGCGCCACCUCACUCCAGCCUGGGCGACAGAGCAAGACUCUGUCUCAAAAAAAAAAAAAAGCCAGGUAUGGUGGCGUGCACCUGCAGUCCCAGCUAUUUGAGAGGCUAAGUUGGGCGGAUCACUUGGGCCCAGGAAGUGGAGGCUGCAGUGAGCUGUGAUCACACCAGUGGGCUGUGAUCGCAUCAAUGCAUUCCAGCCGGGGUGACAGAGCAAGACCCUGUCACAAGAAAAAAAAAAAGAAAGAAAAAAAGAAUUUCCAAGGGGGUUUGCUUCCUUGAGAUUAAGGGCCUACAUCAAACUUGAAGAUGAAGGGCUAGACGUAUCCCUAUUCAAAUCCAGAACAAAACAAGACUAUUAGUAAACAUGACUACUUAACAUAGCUCUGUCAUACUAGCUAGGACUAUACAAUGUUAAUUUUUUAAAGUUGAAAUAUGGAAAAAAGAUAUCAAAUUACUUAUUAAUUGGGGAUAGUGUUGUAUCUAUAAUAGACAAGAAAAAUCCAAGGAAAUAUUAUUAGACUAUAAGAUAUCUGCACAGUCUCUGAGUAAAUACUCCUAUGCCAAAAUCAACACACUAAUAGCAACAACAAUUUAACAAUGUGUAGCCUGAGGUUGGAUCCUCCACAGUGACCAAUAAAACCAACAACCCGUGGAACAAGUUUAGCAGGCAGUGUACACGACCACCACAGGGAGGCAGAGGGCUGCUGAGACCUGCCAGGAAGUACCAAGAAAGAGUACACAAGGCCCUGAGCACCGAGGGAGAUCAUUAGGGCCCUCAGGUCCCAAGAAGACAAGACCAUACCAGGACCUGGGAUCUAAGGAAGAUAAGAAAACACCAGAUGUCCGUCCUUGAGGAAGCCAAGAGAAUACCUCCUUGUCCUGAGCUCCCAAGGAAGAUGAGAACACCCUGGGCCCAAGGAUGGGUGGCACACACCAGGUCCUGGACAGCUACAGACUUAGGUUUCCUCUCCCUAGACAUGAGCACCUCAGCUUCCAGGAGCAAACUGGACCACAGGGGGACACUAGGCAGAGGAUCCUGCUCCUCCUCCCCAAUGCCUGGGGUACAGUUAGCCCUGAUCAUCUCUCCAGAACUAAGGUGGACGUUUGGCCUCAUUCCCAUCACACUUGCGGUCCACCUAGUCUUCCCUCCUACCCCUUGCACACCCCUGACCUUCCUACUCCCUUCCUCUAAUCCCCAGAACUAGGGUGGACGUUUGGCCACGUUCCCAUCACACUUCCGGUCCUCCGAGUUUCCCUCCCCUCCCUGACCUUGAGUGGACACUUGGCCCUGUCCACCCUCACUUCCAGGCAGGACCCAUCUCCCAGAAACAGGUGCCGUCAGUCCCAACUCCUACACACUUCCGGCUCUCCCAGUCCUCCCCUUCUUUCUCGCCUUUGAAACUGGUGGAACUUCAGUACCUCUCCCCACUCCCCCCGCGACUUCCGUCUUCCAGUCGCCCCCGCUUCCCCAAAAGUUGCGUGGACUCUAGCCCCGCCUCCUACAUGCUCCCCGCCCUCCCUGUCCCCGCCCCUCCACCCAGAUGGACGGCCAGUUAGGCCCGCCCCCUGCACUUCCGGCCCUACCCGCUCUUCCUCUUCUCAAGGGACGUCAUAAUUAAUCCCGCCCCCACCGCCACCCAACCAAGCAUCACCCACUCCAGCACUUCCGGCCUGACCCCUGUCCAGCUCCUUUCCUUUCUCCAGCUUCUUCUCUGCCCCAAGAGUGGUAGCCUUCGUGGCAGGGCACGACUCUCUCCCAGCUCGGGUCGCCGCCCACAUUAGUGUGGGGCCCUGCGGCCUAGCGUCCCUCACCAGAGGCCUCCCCUUGCCCAGCUGGACCGCCAAGGGACAUCGACGAGUACCCUCCUCCUGCUGUCCCCGGCUUCGCCUGCCGCCCCUAACCGGCCAGUUAAGAUGGCCGCCGCUGGGUGAAGCGAGCUGGCGCGCCGCGGGGGCGUCUGGGAGUUGUAGUCCGGGACGGCGGGCUGACGCACUUCGCCGCCGGCCGACGGGCGCCAUUGUGUGGCGCGCGCCGGGACUCUGCCCACUUCCACCAAAGACACAGUGAGAAGGAGGAAACUAUGGCCUCAAGGCUUCCGACGGCCUGGUCCUGUGAACCAGUGACCUUUGAAGAUGUAACACUGGGUUUUACCCCGGAAGAGUGGGGACUGCUGGACCUCAAACAGAAGUCCCUGUACAGGGAAGUGAUGCUGGAGAACUACAGGAACCUGGUCUCAGUGGAACAUCAGCUUUCCAAACCAGAUGUGGUAUCUCAGUUAGAGGAGGCAGAAGAUUUCUGGCCAGUGGAGAGAGGAAUUCCUCAAGACACCAUUCCAGAGUAUCCUGAGCUCCAGCUGGACCCUAAAUUGGAUUCUCUUCCUGCUGAGAGUCCCCUGAUGAACAUUGAGGUUGUUGAGGUCCUCACACUGAACCAGGAGGUGGCCGGUCCCCGGAAUGCCCAGAUCCAGGCCCUAUAUGCUGAAGAUGGAAGCCUGAGCGCAGAUGCCCCCAGUGAGCAGGUCCAACAGCAGGGCAAGCAUCCAGGUGACCCUGAGGCUGCGCGCCAGAGGUUCCGGCAGUUCCGUUAUAAGGACAUGACAGGUCCCCGGGAGGCCCUGGACCAGCUCCGAGAGCUGUGUCACCAGUGGCUACAGCCUAAGGCACGCUCCAAGGAGCAGAUCCUGGAGCUGCUGGUGCUGGAGCAGUUCCUAGGUGCACUGCCUGUGAAGCUCCGGACAUGGGUGGAAUCACAGCACCCAGAGAACUGCCAAGAGGUGGUGGCCCUGGUAGAGGGUGUGACCUGGAUGUCUGAGGAGGAAGUACUUCCUGCAGGACAACCUGCCGAGGAUACCACCUGCUGCCUCGAGGUCACUGCCCAGCAGGAGGAGAAGCAGAAGGAGGAUGCAGCCAUCUGCCCAGUGACAGUGCUCCCUGAGGAGCCAGUGACCUUCCAGGAUGUGGCUGUGGACUUCAGCCGGGAGGAGUGGGGGCUGCUGGGCCCGACACAGAGGACCGAGUACCGCGAUGUGAUGCUGGAGACCUUUGGGCACCUGGUCUCUGUGGGGUGGGAGACUACAUUGGAAAAUAAAGAGUUAGCUCCAAAUUCUGACAUUCCUGAGGAAGAACCAGCCCCCAGCCUGAAAGUGCAAGAAUCCUCAGGGGAUUAUGCCUUGUCAUCUACAUUAGAAGAUACGUUGCAGGGUGGGGUCCAGGAAGUCCAAGACACAGUGUUGAAGCAGAUGGAGUCUGCUCAGGAAAAAGACCUUCCUCAGAAGAAGCACUUUGACAACCGUGAGUCCCAGGCAAACAGUGGUGCUCUUGACACAAACCAAGUUUCGCUCCAGAAAAUUGACAACCCUGAGUCCCAGGCAAACAGUGGUGCUCUUGACACAAACCAAGUUUUGCUCCAGAAAAUUCCUCCUAGAAAACGAUUGCGCAAACGUGACUCACAAGUUAAAAGCAUGAAACAUAAUUCACGUGUAAAAAUUCAUCAGAAGAGCUGUGAAAGGCAAAAGGCCAAGGAAGGCAAUGGUUGUAGGAAAACCUUCAGUCGGAGUACUAAACAGAUUACGUUCAUAAGAAUUCAUAAGGGGAGCCAAGUUUGCCGAUGCAGUGAAUGUGGUAAAAUAUUCCGGAACCCAAGAUACUUUUCUGUGCAUAAGAAAAUCCAUACCGGAGAGAGGCCCUAUGUGUGUCAAGACUGUGGGAAAGGAUUUGUUCAGAGCUCUUCCCUCACACAGCAUCAGAGAGUUCAUUCUGGAGAGAGACCAUUUGAAUGUCAGGAGUGUGGGAGGACCUUCAACGAUCGCUCAGCCAUCUCCCAGCACCUGAGGACUCACACUGGCGCUAAGCCCUACAAGUGUCAAGACUGUGGAAAAGCCUUCCGCCAGAGCUCCCACCUCAUCAGACAUCAGAGGACUCACACCGGGGAGCGCCCAUAUGCAUGCAACAAAUGUGGAAAGGCCUUCACCCAGAGCUCACACCUUAUCGGGCACCAGAGAACCCACAAUAGGACAAAGCGAAAGAAGAAACAGCCUACCUCAUAGCUCUCAAGCCAGUUGAAGAAACCUUGCCUUUUCAGCAUGAACCUGCAAUAUAACGUGCACAGGCCUGCUUGUGAAUGAGGACGGAAUGUGAAAGGGAAGCAUUGAGUGAGGACAUUCCCAAAACCAAAGGACAACUGAGGAGACUGCCCAGCACAUAAUGAAUGAAUAAGAAAAUGAGUGAGGAGUUAUUAACAUCAGUUGGAAAAAAGAUUUCCCAUUCACUUGAUAUUGUUUGUUCACUCAUUUAGUCAUUAAAAGUGAGAUUAAUAAAAUCUGAAAAUGUUAUAUAAUAACUUUAAAAAGCCAGGUAAUUAAUAAUGUGCACUGAUAUUACAUCCACAGUACCAUAGUAUUUAUGUGUAUGAAUUAAGGAUUAAAAGAUAAUGUGGAUAAAUAAACUAUUGAUCUAUUUCUGUGUA